GACCUCACUCGGUUUCAGAACCCUCUCUCUCUCUCUCUCUCUCUCUCUCUCUCUCUCGUCGUGCGGCCGUCCCUCGACGAGUUCGCAGCUCCUAGAACUGCCCCGGCCCCUCGCUGUCGACUCCUUCUCCUAGAGCGUUGUCGCGCCGUUGUUCCUACUUCAGUCAACCCACACUUGUUUUUUGUGAUCCGCUGAAUUUAACUCGUACGUGAGAAUGGCUUCGCGCUUCUGGACAUCCCAGGGUGGCAGUGACUCCGAGGAGGAGGAGAGUGAUUUUGACGAAGAGAUUGAGAAUGGGGGACCUGGUGACGCUACUGCUCAAGCUGCUGGAAGCAGAUACCUUCAGGGGAAUGCAAGUGAUAGUGAUGACUCCGAUGGCCAAAAGCGGGUCGUUAGGUCUGCAAAAGAUAAGCGCUUCGAAGAAAUGUCAGCUACUGUUGAUCAGAUGAAGAACGCAAUGAAAAUAAAUGAUUGGGUAAGCUUGCAAGAAAGCUUUGACAAGAUAAAUAAGCAGCUGGAGAAAGUUAUGCGUGUCACCGAGUCUGAAAAGGUCCCUAACCUUUACAUCAAAGCCCUUGUGAUGUUGGAGGACUUCCUGAGUCAGGCUUUGGCCAAUAAGGAUGCGAAGAAGAAGAUGAGCAGCAGCAAUGCUAAGGCCUUGAACUCAAUGAAACAGAAGCUGAAGAAGAACAACAAACAAUAUGAGGAUUUGAUAACAAAGUGCAGGGAAAAUCCUGAGAGUGAGGAGGAAAAGGAUGAGGAAGAGGAAGAUGAGGAGGAUGACGAAACCGACUCUGAGAUUGAGGAGGAUCCAACUAAGAUGGAAUUCAAAGAUUCUGAAGAUGAUGACGACGAUGAUGACAAGGCUGGGGAUAGCCAAGAUGAGGAUGACGGGGCGUGGGAGAAGAAGAUGAGCAGGAAAGAUAAGCUUAUGGACAAGCAAUUCAAGAACCCUAGUGAGAUCACAUGGGAUAAGGUUAACAAGAAGUUCAAGGAGGUCGUGGCUGCUCGGGGUAGGAAAGGAACUGGAAGGUUUGAGCAGGUUGAGCAGCUUUCUUUUUUGGCAAAGGUUGCCAAGACCCCUGCUCAGAAACUUGAAAUUCUAUUCAGUGUUGUCUCGGCACAAUUUGAUGUCAAUCCCGGCCUGAACGGCCACAUGCCAAUAAGCGUAUGGAAGAAGUGUGUGCAAAAUAUGCUUGUGAUAUUGGAUAUUCUUGUUCAGUAUCCCAACAUAGUUGUGGAUGAUAUGGUCGAGCCUGAUGAGAAUGAAAGCCAGAAGGGACCAGAAUAUGAUGGGACAAUUCAGGUUUGGGGAAACUUGGUUGCCUUUGUGGAAAGGAUAGAUGUUGAGUUUUUCAAGAGCUUGCAAUGCAUUGAUCCGCACACUCGUGAGUAUGUUGAGAGACUCAGGGAUGAGCCUAUGUUUUUGGUUCUUGCUCAAAAUGUCCAGGAUUAUUUAGAACGGGUUCGGGAUUUCAAAGCUGCUGCUAAGGUUUCCUUAAAGCGGGUGGAAUUAAUAUAUUAUAAGCCACAAGAGGUUUAUGAUGCCAUGAGAAAACUGGCUGAGCUGACAGGAGAUGGAGAUAAUGGAGAAGCAGGUGAGGAGCUUAAAGCGGUCGAGGAAACUAGAAGUUCUUCUGCAUUUGUGGCUACUCCCGAGCUCGUCCCUCGGAAACCAACCUUUCCUGAGAAUAGCAGGACCUUGAUGGAUUCUCUGGUAUCCCUCAUCUAUAAGUAUGGAGAUGACCGGACUAAAGCCCGUGCCAUGCUCUGUGAUAUUUACCACCAUGCUAUCUUGGAUGAGUUUUCAACUUCACGUGACUUGCUCCUUAUGAGCCACUUGCAAGAUAACAUUCAGCAUAUGGACAUAUCAACGCAGAUCCUUUUCAACAGGGCAAUGGCACAACUUGGUCUAUGUGCAUUCCGUGUUGGAUUAAUAAUUGAGGGCCAUGGCUGCCUUUCUGAACUAUAUUCUGGUGGAAGGGUAAAGGAGUUGCUUGCACAAGGUGUUUCUCAAAGCCGAUAUCAUGAGAAGACUCCAGAACAGGAAAGGAUUGAAAGGAGGCGGCAGAUGCCUUACCAUAUGCACAUAAAUCUGGAGCUUCUGGAGGCUGUACAUCUGAUAUGUGCUAUGCUGCUAGAAGUACCCAACAUGGCAGCAAACAUUCACGAUGCAAAGCGCAAGGUCAUAAGUAAGACUCUGAGGCGGUUGCUUGAGGUGAGUGAGAGGCAAACAUUUACAGGUCCCCCAGAAAAUGUCAGAGACCACAUAAUGGCUGCCACCAGGGCCCUUAGCAUGGGAGAUUUCGAAAAAUCUUUUGAUAUUGUCAAAUCCCUUGAUGUGUGGAAGCUUGUAAGGAAUCGAGAGAAUGUCCUUGAGAUGCUCAAGGCUAAGAUCAAGGAAGAGGCUCUGAGGACCUACCUUUUUACCUACUCAUUAUCCUAUAAUUCCCUCAGUUUGGACCAGCUCACGGUAUUAUUUGACCUGCCAGAGGCCCAGACUCACAGCAUCAUCAGCAAGAUGAUGAUUAAUGAGGAGCUCAAUGCAAGUUGGGACCAGCCAAGCAGGUGCAUCGUUUUCCAUGAUGUCGAGCACACUAGGUUGCAGGCUCUGGCAUUCCAGUUAACAGAGAAGCUAACAGUUCUUGCAGAAAGUAAUGAGAGAGCAAUAGAAGCAAGGAUGGGGGGUGGUUUGGAUCUGCCUCUUAGACGGAGAGAAGGCCAGGAUUAUACUACUGGAGCGUCUGCUGGAGGAAAUAGGUGGCAAGACAACUCAUCUUUCACUCAAGGAAGACAAGGUGGCAGUGGGCGUACAGGAUAUGGUGGAGGGAGACCUUUGGCACUAGGCCAAGCUGCUGGAGGUGGUUAUUCAAGAGACCGGACAGGUCAGUCACGAGGCAGCAAUACUGGCUAUCAGGGUACACGUUAUCAAGAUGCUGCAUAUGGAGGGUCCGGGAGGACUUCUUAUCAGAGUGGUUCAUCUGCAAGGGGAUCCCAAGGGGAUACUUCAACCCGCAUGGUCAGUCUCAACAGGGGGCUCCGAGCUUAGGUAAACAUUAAUAGUGAGACUACCAGAGAGAAGAAAUAGUCAUUAAAGUUCCUGCAUCAGACAUAGACUUUUUUUUUUUUCUCUCGGAUCUCUGUUGGUUCCGAUACUUGACAGAGAUUUGUUUAAUUUUUUUGCAAUAUUUCAAUUUUACCUCCAGAGGUCUGUCUGAAGUUUCACCCUGAAGUUAAAACUUUGAAACUUGGUUAAUGUAUGCCAUGCUUGUUGCUAUGACUUGAACGCAUGCUCUUUCAUCAUGUUUUGUUUCA